AACGAUCGACCCGGGCUUGACCCAGAUCUAUCCCGUGUCUGCAGCCUGUCUCACUGCGACGUCACCGUGAAUAUGGUUUAUACCUGACUCACUCACUCACUCACUGACACAUUAUCUGACACGAAAUCUAUAUAUAACUGACAUCUACGUAUGUCCAUAUAAGGUGAGUUGAGAUCAGCGCGGUUCACAGUCAUGCGGGUAUCCUACAACUGAACAUGUCCGAAGUUGUACACUGGUGAAGUGGACGGGUAAUGUUGCCGUCGUAGUUAGUUCUAUCCAAGUAUCGUGUUGCCCGAUCACAACCCGGGGAGCUGUCAUGGAGAGUCUCGGCUGGGCGUUGCCAGAGCACAUUGUCAUCAACGUACUGUCCUACCUCAGCCGGGAGGACAGAGCCAGAGCGGGCAGUACCUGUACGACAUGGCACCGUUGUUACAAAAGCCCAAUGCUCUGGCACGUCUCAACCCUCGACUUCCAGCAACCAAAGGACGGCCAUUGUCUUCAGUGGCUUGAGCAGUAUGCUCAACACAUAAGGACGUUGCGAAUCCUGUUAGACCAGAGUGAGGUGGAGAAUAGGCGCAAUGCCUGCGAAGCUCUCAAAAUAUUGUGCCACACUGAAGGAAGAAAACUAACGUCAUUGCGAAUAAACUUCACAGGGACAAACCCACUGUUUUACGCUGGCCAGGAGUUUAUAGAUGUGCUGAAAACGUUGUUCGGAUGUCGCAUGGAAUCCCAGAAGGUUCAGUUCCGCCACGUAGACUUAAGUGGAUUAUCUGUAGCUUAUGAUGAUAGUGUGUUUGAUAUUUUGUCGCUGAACACCCCGCAGCUAGAAACUUUAAAUGUCCUGAACGGAAACCUCGUGUGCAAGGUCUCACCUGAGUGUGUAGAGAAGAUUGUACAACGAUGUAGAUGCCUCACCGAACUGCGGCUCUUCCACUGCAGCUUGUCGGAUGGCGUUCUAUACGCGUUAGCUGAGGCCGACCGCAAACCGCUGAAGCAUCUCUCUGUUCUGUGCAGAAGGGAACAGAAAUACGCUCAAGAUUUAUCGUCAGAGGCCUGGUCCGACUUAAUCAAGAAGAGUCCACAGCUGAGGGUCGUCCUCGGAUUUGACCACACAUGUCCACUGCGUAUGGUUGCAGGAAUACUGAAGCCAGAGAUCCCAGUAGUAGAUCUUCGCUUGGAGACCUUUACGUAUAUCUACGACGAGGUGAACCUUGCUGCAGUCUUGUACAACAAGACUCUGGAGAAGGUGGUGUUGCAGACAAGGAACUCUUCUGAUCUCGGAGACGCUCUGAUCAAAUUAUGCAGCAGGUGUGAAAGGCUGACGUCCCUUCUGGUGUACUGCGUUCUGGAGAAGAGGGUGGUGGACGCAAUCCUGGCAGCUCGUCCCGACAUGAAGAAGAGGGGAACGUACAUCCUCAAGUGGGAGCCGGAACCGGAACCGUGGACUGUAGGCGUGGAAGAAGGGGACUAGGAACAUCAGCUAUCCCUCAUCACAACUGAAGUAGGAAUCCGUGACCAAUGGACAAUGGAGGGAAAUUUCCAACCACAAACGCUGAACCCACCGACUGUUGGUAUCGCCAUGUAUCUCUGCAUAUAAUGACUGAGGAGAAAGUGUAUAUGUUGACUUCGGUUGCUAGUUAAACAAAGAGAAUAUUUUCUAAGAACAUCUGCGAUGCCUCAUCGCAUCUGAAGGGGGAAUCCGUGACCAAUGGACAAUAUUCAGAAAGAUCGCGCAGUAAUCUCCGACCACAAACGCUGAACUCACCGACUGCUUGUGUCGCCAUGUGUCUCCACAUAUCCAAAUGUGAGAAGAAAGUAUAUAUGUUGAUUUCGGUCGCCAGUUGAAAUAUAGAGAUUUUGUUCCACAAUUAGAGGACAUAUUAAUAAUAAUAGCUAUUUAUAAAGCGCCUGUUUCCAUGCUCAAAGCGCUAACACAUUAUUACCAAGCUGCCUGUGAGGCGCUAGAAGGUUAACAGUCACAUGACUUAUCCUAAUAUUAAAAUUAUACCAGAUGUAA